GCGUGUCCGGCCGGGCCUUGCCCUAGGGACGCCAGUGGGCCUCUCUGGGGCCACAGAGAGUCUCGGGCUUCGCUGGGCGGAGGCUUGGUAGAGAAACCAAUGGAUGGGGCGGACUAGCCAAUCAGAGGACUAGGCCUGCUAAUCCUGGGAAAGCGGCUUGAAUCGGACCUGAAAGGACUGAACGAGUUCCUGCGCUUGGGUGCCCGAGAAUGGAAUGGGAGGGCCAGGGGCAUCCAUAGCAUGAGUGAGCCCAUGACCCCAGACAGCAGUCGGAAGAAAAGAACGCUGUUACAGUUCCUUUCGGACUACUUCCAUGACGUCCAUGCUCUGAGAGAGUACCUGCUUCGGAAGCAGAUACUGAAGGGGAACCGGAAGAAUCGAUCCUUCGCUGACAUCCAGGAGAAAUAUGGCCCAUAUGUCACAGGUGCCCUCUUCAUCCUGAAGCAGGGAGGCGCAGUGAAGUUUCAGGACAAGGAGUGGAUCCGUCCAAAUGAGCGUGGCCAUUUUCCUACCGAGUUCCUGGAGUUCCGGAAGGUUCCUGUGGAGGCUGUGGAUGCCAGUGGCUGUGCCAUCAACUACCAGGGCAUGAGCAACCUCCCAGUGCCCCUGAAGGAGCUGCGGUUCCUGUCACUGCAGCGCUGCCCCAACGUGGAUGACUGGUGCCUUAGCCGUCUCUACCUUCUGGCUGACUCGUUGCAGGAGCUCUCGCUGGCCGGGUGCCCCCAAGUCUCAGAACGGGGCCUUGCCUGCCUCCACCACCUCCAGAAUCUCCGCAGGCUGGACAUCUCAGACCUCCCUGCCGUGUCCCACCCAGGCCUCACUCAGAUCCUGGUAGAAGAAAUGUUGCCCCAUUGUGAGGUCCUUGGCACUGACUGGGCCCAGGGCCUGAAGCUGGAGCCAGACCAGCAGCCUCAGAACACACCGAGCCCUGUCUCUCCCUAGCCUGUGGCCCCACUCUUUCAGAAUCUUGUGGGGCUCUGUGGAGUGUGAUGUUUUCUCACUCUGGCUUCCAGUGAGGUCCAUUCAGCCCAAAGGAGCAUUGGCAAAUAAGAAGGCUGAGUCAGGGUGCUGACUGGUGUUUGCCUGCAGCUAUCAAACAGCUGUCCCCAUGGCCAACAGCCCUCCAUGGACAGCUGCUCACAGCGCCAUGGUUUCUCAUUAUCCCUGCUCACCAAGAGCAUUCCCCCAAACUGUCCACAUACAUGUCAGCAGGACUGUGGCCAACAUGAGAGGCUGUUGGUUCUUUACAGUGGUGGUUCUUCCUUGUGCAGGGUGUAUUCACAUUCAUUAAAGGCUAGCAGUACCCCAAAAGCCCUACGGCAUCGCCCAUGGAUUUACAGGCUUGCGUGCUCGCUUUAGUAGCACAUAUACUAAAAUUGGAACAAUUUACUGACUUGUAUUUCAAUUGUGGGGUUUUCCUGUUCUGUGAAAAUGGAUCUUAACCCUUGGGAAAAUGGUCCCUUCAUCCGGCACAACAGAUUUCAUCAGUAGAGGGCGCUGGGGAGAACGCAACGGAAAGGCCAGGACUGCCUGGAGCUUGAAGUGUACAGUGGUUCCCCAGGACCCAGAUUGCUGGGUGAGGUCCCUAUCGACUGAAUGACUCCUGGUACCCAUGUUACCAGUGACUGUCACGACUCCCAAUACACAGUGCAAAUGUAUGAUUCUUUAUAUUAAACUUCCCUGUUC